AUGGAACAAUACGCUCUGAAAAAGCUGAGUCCGAAGGCCGUCUCAUAUUACGCCUCCGGAACCGAUGACGAGAUCACCAAGAUUGGAAACGGCGCGAUUUUCCGCUCCAUCCUUUUACGGCCGCGGGUCUUCGUCGACUGCACUCGAUGCUCUCUUUCCACCAAAAUUCUGGGCAACCCAGUCGAGAUACCCAUCUAUGUCUCGCCCGCCGCCAUGGCCAAGUUGGCCCAUCCUGUAGGCGAGGCCGGCAUCGCGGCAGCGUGUUCGAAAUUCCAGGCGCUGCAGAUCAUCAGCAAAAACGCCUCCAUGUCUCCUUCAGCCAUUGUUCGGGCCGGAUCCGACGCGACCUUUGCGUGGCAACUCUACGUGUUGAAGGACAUUGAGGCAACCGAACGGACGCUGGCGCAGAUCAGGGGGAUUCCUCAGAUCAAGUUCAUCGUCCUCACCCUCGACGCCCCUUUCCCCGGCAAGAGAGAGGCGGACGAACGAUUCAAGAUGGCCGAGGUCGCCGGGGGAGCACCGCCGCAGGCUUGGGGCACGGAAUCUGGUCUGACCUGGAAAAGGACUUUGGAGUGGCUCACCAAGCACACUUCGCUGCCCAUCGUCUUGAAGGGCAUCCAGACGCACGAAGACGCCUAUGCGGCCACUCUUUUCCCCAGCGUCAGGGGCAUCAUCAUCUCCAACCACGGCGGCCGCGCUCUGGACACGACCAUGACGCCGAUUCAGGUGCUCUUGGAGAUCCGAAAGUUCUGUCCGCAGGUGCUGGACAAGGUGGAUGUUUUGAUCGAUGGCGGUGUCAGGCGAGGGACGGAUGUCGUCAAGGCGUUAGCUUUGGGGGCUAAGGGUGUGGGUAUUGGGAGAGCUGCGUUGUACAGUCUUGCUGUCGGCGGACAGGCAGGAGUCGAGAGGGCAUUGCAGAUUCUUACCGAGGAGACGAUUACGGCGAUGAGGUUGCUUGGAGUCGAACGAGUUGACCAGCUUGGGUUGAGACACAUCAACACCGAUAGUCUGCAGUCCCAGCUCUAUAGCGGGCCGCCAGGUCUUGAGGAAGUAGAUAGAGAGUUGAGGUCCAGACUAUAG